AUGGCUAGAACGAAAGUGUCAGCUAGAAAAAUCGCCAAGAAAGGAGCAACAAAGACUCUACCUGGAGGAAGCAAAUAUCCUACGAGACGUGUUCCUAUUCAGGGUACUACCAGACGAAGACUUAUGCGAGAAAUCGCACAAGAUAUUUCUUUGACUGCAGAUCUGAGAUGGCAGUCAUCGGCGAUCUUAGCUCUUCAAGAAGCUGCUGAGGCAUUUCUUGUCAAAGAGUUUGAAAUGACAAACCUCUGCGCAGUACAUGCCCAUCGAGUUACUAUUCAAGCUAAAGACAUGGAGCUAGUGGACAGACUCCGAAGAAUCAUGACUGGUUCGGGAUAUAGAUUUGAGAACAGGAAAGCUUGA